UGUAAAACGGGCGGCGCGAGGCUCGUGUUUACAUUUUCUCCACCUGCAGCAGGCAAUCUGACUGCGGGAUUAACGAGACCCCGAAGUAUCACUGAGCGGGAUUAACUGGACAGUGAAGCAUCACUGAGCGGGAGCAUCACGGUGAGGAGGCGUCUGGAAAAGGAGCUGAUUCUCUCGUCUCCGGCAGUAAAUUUGAUUUGCCCUUCUUUUACGUCAUCUGUCAUGAGCGGAAGAGUCGGAGACCUCAGUCCUAAACAGGCUGAAGCACUACAACUGUUUCGAGAGAGGAUACAAGACAUUCUUUCUCAACUUCCUGCACAGCAUGACCACUUCCUGUUACGCUGGCUCAGAGCCAGAAACUUCAAUUUGCAGAAGUCUGAGGCCAUGCUGCGGAAGCAUUUGGAGUUUAGGAAACAGAUGAAAAUAGACACUAUAAUCACUGAAUGGCGUCCACCGGAGGUGAUAGAGAAGUAUCUGUCAGGAGGGAUGUGUGGUCACGAUCGUGAGGGUAGUCCCAUCUGGUACGAUGUGAUUGGACCGGUGGAUCCUAAAGGCCUCUUCCUGUCUGCCUCCAAACAAGACUUCAUCAAGUCCAAAAUAAGAGACUGUGAGAUGCUGCAGAAGGACUGUGACCGCCAGUCAGAGAGGUUGGGGAGGAAUGUGGAGUCAAUCACUAUGAUCUAUGAUGUUGAAGGUCUAGGUCUGAAACACUUAUGGAAGCCUGCUAUAGAAACAUAUGGGGAGAUUCUCCAGAUGUUCGAAGACAACUACCCUGAAGGUUUGAAGAGACUGUUUGUUAUUAAAGCACCCAAACUCUUUCCUGUGGCCUACAACCUUGUGAAGCACUUUCUGAGUGAGAUCACAAGACAAAAGAUUCAAAUUCUUGGAGAUAACUGGAAGGAAGUUUUACUGAAGUACAUCGAUGCAGAGGAGCUGCCGAUGAUAUAUGGUGGUAAACUGACAGAUCCCGAUGGAGAUCCUCGCUGUCGGACCAGGAUAAAUCUGGUCGGCCCAGUUCCCUCAUCGUACUAUGUGCGGGAACAUGUUAAAGUGAACUACGAGCAGUGUAUAACCGUCAGUCGAGGAUCCUCCAGACAGCUGGACUACGAGAUCUUAAUCCCGGGAUGUGUUCUCAGGUGGCAGUUUGCCUGCGAGGGGGCAGACAUAGGCUUCGGGGUGUUUUUGAAGGCUAAGAGGGGGGAAUGGAAGAAGGCAGCUCAGAUGCAGGAAGUUGUGCACAGUCAACGCUACAAUGCACACUUAGUGCCUGAGGAUGGGUCACUGACUUGUGAACAUGCUGGAGUCUAUGUGAUAAGAUUUGACAACACCUACAGCAUCUUCCAGGCCAAAAGAAUCAGUUUUACUGUCGAGAUCCUGCUGCCAGACAACUCACAGCCCCCACAGACCAAUGGGGCUGCCAGUAACAGUGUGGAAGCUGAGAACAACAAUCCAUUGUAACCAGAUGCCUCCUCCAUCAUUGUCUUAUCAUUCAUGUUUAGCCAUAUAUAUAAUCACAGCCUGACAUACUUGAUUUGGACCACAGCCACAACAUACUGCCAAGUGGUGUCCGACCUCUGGAUCCCACCGUAGUUUUUUUUUCUUUGUAUCCAAAAGUUUGAUGGCUUGAUUUACGUGGUGCCCAUUUACUAGGAUACAUUAAAACUCUUUAACAACCAAUUAAGCAAAAUAUGUUCCAACAAAAUAAACUGAAACUCACAAGCAAGCUAACUGCUGAAUUUGAGUUUGAGUCUGAUUGACACAAAUAUUUUCUCAAAAUGUGUUGGUGACUCUUUAUCCCAUAGCCAUAAUAAAAUGCUAAUGUACCUUUUUAUGUUUAACAUGAACACAUCAAACAUCAUAUUACAUUCACACAAAUCCACAAACUUUUGCUAAUUUUACAUGUUGUCAUCUAUUAUCUGUUUUCUUCUGUCUUCCAUGUUGCUGCAGAAAUAUUAACAAUCCAAGUUCCCACAUAGAACAUCACAAGUAUGUGGGAUAGUCAGAGUAAUUUAUUUCAAUAUUUAUUUUCUAAUUUAAUUUCACAGAAAAUAAUAGGUUCAAAUGUAUAAAGUCAGUAGAGACAAAAGUAUUACAUGCUAUUUAUGCCAUUUGUAAAGUUAACAAUGUGAGUGAAAACACAUUUGAAAAUGUGACAUUGAAUCAGACAUUGAAUGUCGACUAUGGCUGGAUUUCUUCUCAAUAUGUCCAUAGAUGGUAAUAGCACUGAGGUAUUUAUCCAAAAAGAGUAGUCUUUUGUGUCCAAAAUGAUGGUUUAUUGUACAAUGAACAACAGCAAAGAAUACAUUUUUGCAAACAAAAUAUAAAAGGGACAUGGACUGUGUUUUUUACUAAACUACAAACAUGUAUCCUCUUAAGGUUUCUCAUAAAUAAACACGUUUUUCGACUCACCAAAACACAUGGGUGUAUGCUUAAGCUCCAAUAUUGUGACGAACACAUUUCUUUCUACUGAUUUGUCCUAAACGUGUGAAACAUUAAGUGUUUGUUUUACCACAAAGUUUGGACCACAGGUGUUAGCAUUACUCCUCAUCUUCCUCUCCCUCCUCUUCUUCUUCAUGUUUUAUAAGAGGUUCAUCCACCAGUUUAUAGUUUGCAUUACUGCCACCUACUGGAGUGGAGUGUGGAAACAAAAUGACCCCACUUGUAGAUGUCCUGUGUUGUCCCUAGAGGUCAGAAACAUAAUUGGGAUUUGGGGACCUUUGAAGAUGACACCUGCCUGACCAUCUGCCAUCUUCUUACAUGCAGAUACACAAGUACAUGCUUGUAAUUUGUUUGGCAAACCGAGGAAUUGUGGCUCUUUCCAGCAAGUCCCUGACUUGAACAAAAGUGCAAAUAUGGGUGUGGAUAAACAGGGAAUGAGAGCUAUAGGGAUCAAAGCUGAAAAAACCCUCAGAACAUCGGCAAGGUGCAAACAUUCAACUGGUUUGUGCUGAUGGUUGUGGUUCUGAAGUAUGCAACACUAACUAUCAGCACCAAACAACUUGGUUUUAAUGGCUCACAUACCCCAUUGCAAACAUGUUUAAUCUAGUAAGUAGAAACAUGUUGAAUCAUGAACUGAAGUCAAAUUAAUGCAGGUUGUUUUGCAGGUUUUGUUCCUCACAAAGAAAAAAAACCUGACAAUCCCCCUGAGAACAAUUGUAUGUAUCAUCAAAAACUGGCUGAGUUCCACUGGGGAAUAAAACACAUUACUAUAUGAAUCAGUUGAUCUAUGGCAGUGUAACAGUAACAAGCGAGCAAGAAUGACAAGGCAGACAGGAAACCUUGAGAAAAAAUGCAGAGUAUAGAUGAUGAUAAAUUACAGUCAUAGUUGC